AUGGCCAAGACUCGACCAUAUCACAAAAAGCAAGCUGCUGACUGACUGGCUGAGAAGAGGAUAGCACGAUGAGAUGGCCACAACUAAGCACUGGGGAAGCGGACAUCCUACUCUUCUCAACAGCCAUCAAGCUCAUCCUACUGCCCACAUAUCGAUCAACAGAUUUCGAAGUUCAUAGGAAUUGGCUCGCGAUCACUUACUCCUUGCCGCUCUCGAAAUGGUAUUACGACGAGACCUCGCCAUGGACAUUGGACUAUCCACCAUUCUUUGCCUUCUUCGAGUAUCUCCUAUCAAGGAUCGCCGUCCUGGUCGAUCGGAAGAUCGUACAACUCGACAACCUGGGCUACCAAGAAUGGAGCUGUGUGGGCUUUCAACGAGUAACAGUGAUCCUUACUGAACUCGUCCUAGGUGCAGCUCUACUCAAACUAACCCGAAGGCCUUCCGAACCACAUAACGCAACCAUCGCCCUUGCAACUGCCGCCUCCCUCUUCUUACAUCCCGGCUUAAUCAUCGUCGAUCACAUCCACUUCCAAUAUAACGGAUUCCUGCUUGGAAUCUUAUUGUGGUCGAUUUGGGCGGCAAGAGAAAAAAGGUUCUGUUUAUCAGCAGGUCUAUUCGCCACUCUCUUGAACUUCAAGCACAUCUUCAUCUACCUAUCCCCGCCAUUUCUAAUCUACCUAUUCCGCGCAUAUUGUAUGGAGGAGGAGGACUCAAAUCGGAGACAAGAAGAAAAUGAUGGAAGCAGGUUUUCUCUCGUUAAGUUAAUCCAGCUUGGGUUGAUCGUCAUCGGAACCUUUGCCGUUAGCUUUGCCCCGUUCUUCUUCACCUCUGGCAUCGAUGGGAUCUUGCAAAUCAUCAGCCGCCUGUUCCCGUUCAAAAGAGGCCUCAAUCAUGCCUAUUGGGCUGGAAAUGUAUGGGCUCUGUAUAGUACGAUCGAUCGAUUCCUAAUCAAAUACCAGUUAUCGCGAGGGAUUGAGAUCGAUCGAUCCGUCUUAAAUUCUAGUUCAAGGGGAUUGAUUGGUGAUACCAGUUUUGGUGUCUUGCCCUCGAUUACUCCUACUACUUGCUUGGGUUUAACUCUAGGAUUUAUGGUCAUUAUCAUGUCAAAAUUAUGGCAAGAUCCGACGUACAUUCGGUUCCUGAAGUCAAUCAUCCUAUCAGCUUUCACCUCAUUCCUGUUUGGAUGGCACGUACACGAGAAAGCCGCCCUCCUGUUUCUGGUUCCUUUGACGUUAAUUGCUGUCCAAGAUUAUUAUCUUUAUCGGACCUGGUUAAUUGCUAGUCUAGCGGGUAUAUCAGGCUUGUUUCCAUUAUUAAUAAACUCUACUGAAACACCGAUUAAGUUGCUAUAUACGGUGAUUUGGCUUGGGUCUUGUUCCAGGCUAUUCAAGAGAAACUUACACAGGCCGAAUGUUUCAAACCUGAUGAUCUUGGUUACCAAGAUUGAAAACUUGUAUUUGAUCGGUUCGGUCUGUUUGCAUUUUUAUUUCUCGGUUUUGCAUGGAUUUCUCAUCUCCCAUAAAAACAGUUCACUAGAAUUUUUACCUCUAAUGAUCAUCAGUUUUUAUACUUCCAUUGGUAUAAUUUGGUCUUUUUGUAGAUUAUUAGUUGAUUUUUUUCUUUUCAAUUAAGUAAAUAGUUGGAUGUGGACAUAACAAAUCCAAUUGAAGGCCUUUCCCUGUUGCAUUCUUGUGUAUCAUCUACAUAUCCAGAUCUGUUCUUUUUUUGUUUUUAACAAAAAAAACAGCUCUUGAAGCUCUUCACAGUCUGUAUGUGCAAGAUUAGAGUCUUGUAGAGAU